AUGACAACGUCGCUGAAGUACGGGACCCAGGUCUUACUAAGAGCCAGAGGCCUUGCAGUAAAACCAAGAUCGCUAGGUUCCCAAUGCAGAACUUUUGCAUCUCAAAACCCAAAUGAGAACAAGAAUGCUCCAUUGGAUCUUCAAGUGGUAGAUAAUGAAGCACCCAAGCCUCCGCUAUGGUCAAGAAUCAAACAUGAAGUUCACCAUUAUUGGGAUGGCACUAAGCUUUUAGGUUUGGAGAUCAAAAUUGCCUCGAGAUUGUUGAUGAAGAGUGCUGCCGGCCAUCAAUUGAGUCGUCGUGAAAACCUGCAAUUGAAAAGAACCACCCAAGAUGUGGUACGUCUCGUACCAUUUUCUGCAUUUGUCUUGGUCCCAUUUGCUGAACUGCUUCUUCCCAUUGCGUUGAAGCUUUUCCCCAACAUGCUACCUUCUACUUAUGAAUCCAAGAAAGAAAAACUCUCUAAGCUGAGCAGCUUGAGGGAAACAAGAGGUUUGGUCUCAGGCAUAAUAAAGGAUCAGAAGACUCAUUACAAACCGGGAGAUAUCUCCAUGGAUCAGAAAGCCGUCUUCAACCGUUUUUACACGCAUGUUCGUGCUACUGGAGAACCAGAAUCCAGACAGCAACUGAUUCAUGUAGCACGUCUGUUCACUGAUGAUACCGUUCUGGAUAAUGCCACAAGACCCUAUUUAGUUGCUUUGGCCAAGUAUAUCAACUUGCAACCUUUUGGAACAGACGUUAUGUUGCGGUACCGCAUUCGGUAUAAGAUGCUGGAACUCAAGAAGGACGAUUUCUCGCUGUUUUAUGAAGGUGUAAGUGCCCUGGAUUCCGCCGAAUUGCGUACAGCCUGUGCUUCCCGUGGUAUCCGGAAUUUGAAUGUUGAAGACUCUGUGCUGCGAAACAAUCUGGAAAUUUGGCUGACCAUGAGGCUGAAAGACAAGAUCCCAUCGACUUUGUUAAUUAUGGCCACCGCAUACACGUACGGUGAUGUCAGCUCUAGAAAGUCAUUAUAUGAUGCUUUGUGUGAUGUUCUCAGCGGUAUCCCCGAUGAGCUGUAUCACGAAGUGAAGGUCAACGUGGUAGAGGAAGAGGCAGCUACCAACAGCGCCAAGAUGGCACAAAUCAAGGAGCAGGAAGAGAUUAUGAAAGAAGAGGAGUCUCAAGAGAAGGGAUCUCUCGUUAGAAUCAGGGACGAAUUGAGCCUUGAUGAAAUAGACAGACAAGACCAGCUUUCAGGCGGAUCAAACAAAGCAAAGUAA